AUGGCGGACGAAGUCUAUGAUGGUGCCAUUGGCAUCGAUCUCGGCACAACCUACUCUUGCGUUGCCACGUACGAAGGUACCAAUGUCGAGAUCAUCGCCAACGAGCAGGGUAGCUUCACCACCCCCUCGUUCGUCUCCUUCACUGAGGACGAGCGCCUGAUUGGUGAGGCGGCCAAGAACCAGGCCGCCAUGAACCCGGUGAACACCGUGUUCGAUGUCAAGUAUGGCUCCCUUGGGCGUCUGAUCGGCCGCCGCUUCGAUGACCCCACUGUCAAGAAGGACAUGGAGUCGUGGCCCUUCAAGGUCGUUGACGAUGGCAACGGUAACCCCAAGGUCGAGGUCCAGUACCUCGGCAGCACCCACACUUUCUCCCCCCAGGAGAUCUCCGCCAUGGUCCUGAACAAGAUGAAGGAUAUUGCCGAGGUCAAGCUUGGCAAGAAGGUUGAGAAGGCCGUCAUUACUGUCCCGGCUUACUUCAACGACAACCAGCGUCAGGCCACCAAGGAUGCUGGUGCCAUCUCUGGCAUGAACGUCCUCCGUAUCAUCAACGAGCCUACCGCCGCCGCCAUUGCCUACGGUCUUGGCUCUGGCAAGUCCGACAAGGAGCGCAACGUCCUUAUCUACGAUCUGGGUGGUGGCACUUUCGAUGUGUCGCUCCUGAACAUCCAGGGCGGUGUCUUCACCGUCAAGGCUACUGCUGGUGACACCCAUCUUGGUGGCCAGGAUUUCGAUACUAACCUCCUCGAGCACUGUAAGAAGGAGUUCGCCCGCAAGGCCGGGUCUGACCUCUCGGGUGAUGCCCGUGCCCUCCGCAGGCUGAGGACUGCUUGCGAGCGUGCCAAGCGUACUCUGUCCAGCGGUGCCCAGACCACCAUCGAGAUUGACUCGCUCUUCGACGGCAAGGACCUGAACAUGCAGAUCACCCGUGCCCGUUUCGAGGACCUGAACGCCAAGGCUUUCGCCGGUACCCUCGAGCCUGUUGCCCAGGUUCUCAAGGAUGCCAACAUCGACAAGAGCGCGGUCGACGAGAUCGUCCUUGUCGGUGGCUCCACCCGUAUUCCCCGUAUCCAGAAGCUCCUCAGCGAGUUCUUCAACGGCAAGAAGCUCGAGAAGAGCAUCAACCCCGACGAGGCCGUUGCCUACGGUGCCGCCGUCCAGGCCGGUAUCCUCUCCGGCAAGGCCACCUCUGCCGACACCUCGGACCUCCUCCUUCUGGAUGUCGUUCCCCUUUCCCUCGGUGUUGCUAUGGAGGGCAACAUCUUCGCCCCCGUCGUUUCGCGCGGCCAGACUGUCCCCACCAUCAAGAAGAGGACAUUCACCACCGUUGCCGACAACCAGCAGACCGUCCAGUUCCCCGUGUUCCAGGGUGAGCGUGUCAACUGCGAGGACAACACCUCCCUGGGUGAAUUCACCCUUGCUCCCAUCCCUCCCAUGAAGGCCGGCGAGCCCGUCCUCGAGGUCGUCUUCGAGGUCGACGUCAACGGUAUCCUCAAGGUCACCGCCACCGAGAAGACCUCGGGCCGCAGCGCCAACAUCACCAUCUCUAACUCCGUCGGCAAGCUCUCGUCGGGUGAGAUUGAGAGCAUGAUUAACGAUGCCGAGAAGUUCAAGACCAAGGAUGAGGCCUUCAGCAAGCGCUUCGAGGCCAAGCAGCAGCUCGAGUCGUACAUCUCCCGUGUUGAGGAGAUUGUCUCUGACCCGACGCUGUCGCUCAAGCUCAAGCGUGGCCAGAAGGACAAGAUCGAGCAGGCGCUCAGCGAUGCCAUGGGUCAGCUCGAGCUUGACGACUCGUCGGCUGAUGACCUCAAGAAGAAGGAGCUUGCGCUCAAGAGGCUGGUCACCAAGGCCAUGUCCUCGCGGUAA